GUACUAAAAAACAUAAUAACUGAAAAAAAAGUGGAUAUUCUUCAAGUGAAGGAAAAAAUUAGUUUUAAAGAUAAAGAAAUUGUAGAAGAAGUGUAUAAUUAUGUUGAUAAAGAUUUAAACACAAAAUGGUGUGAAGCACAAUCUGAUAAUGAAAUUUAUAAAGAUUUAAAAAAAAAAAAUUAUAUAGGACAAAAUCAUUUAUUACCAAAUAAUAUAAAUAUAAUGGAAAAUAAUAAUGAUUGUACAUAUAAACAAGCUAAUAAUAUUACACAUUUAUUAGAACCUUUUGGACCUCAAAUCGAUGUUGAAGAAAAUAAAAUAAUAGAAAAUGUAUUUGUACCGAAUGUAGAAAAAGUAAUAGAAGUAAAUAAACAAAUUGAUAUACCAAUAAAUUUACCAGUACCAUAUAUUGUACCGAAACCUAAAAUUAUUGACGUAGAUGUUCCAGUUUUUAAAUUUAAUGAUAAAUAUGUACCUGUACCUGUAAGUAAAAAAAUAAUACCCAAAAUUACAUGGACCGAUAAAACUUAUCAAGUCGAUUGUUUAAUAGAAAAGCCAUAUUUAGUAUAUCACAAUAUAAUUAAAAUGGUACCCGUAGAUGCCAAAAUCACUGUUAGAGAAUAUCCAAAAGGAAUUAAAAAAAUAAAUCCAGAAGAAUUAUAUGAAGUAGAUAAUUUGGCAUUAUGGAUGAGAGUUAAUGCAGACUUAAAACAAGAACAGGAUCAAUUGAAAAAUGAAAAAUAUGAAAAAUAUGAAAAAAAUAAAAAAAAUGGAAAAGGACAAACGGAAGAACUAGAUGAUAAUAUAUCAUCUGAUCAUACUUGUGAAUGUUCAGAAUCAUAUGAAACAUAUGGAAAAUUAUCAAAUGAAGAAUUUAAUUCAUCAAAUGAAGACACUACAAUCAAAUCCUCUAAUGAAAACAUAUUUGAUACAUUACCAUUACAUCCUGGACAUCCUUUAGAAUUUAUUCAUUUACAAAACAAAUGGAUAAAUCAAGACACUACCAAUAUUCCUGAUAUGUAUGAUCAAAAAUAUCUAGAUGCUCACAGAAAUGCUGUAUUUAAUUUAACUACACAAGUCCCUAGAGAAGUAGAAAUAGAAGCUAAACAACUUUUGCAUAUUCAAAAAAAAUUGCAGCAAGAUGAAAUAUUAUGA